GGAAUUAUUCUACGUUAACGGUAGGAAGGGAAGGUGACAAAAUAAAUACAUCAAGAUGUAGAAUCAUAAAAUAAUUGACACAUUUCAAUAUUUAAUUUAAACUUGAUAUGACUUCUUCAACAAUAAAUUCCAUCACUUUUAUACUCUCACCAAAUUGUUUUACAUCUUCCAUUGUUUCAUUCAACCAACAACUUCUCAGUCUUUUUUUUAUCUAUUUAAACUAAUCCAACUCUCUCUCUCUUUGGAAAAAAACUCAAGAUCAAAAGGUCAUUCUGAUUUGAGAAAUGGGAAGUAGUUAUAAUUAUUACAGAAUGUUUGGGUGUUUCAAUCGGAAAUUCAAGAUUAGGGAGAUGGAACCACCACCGGAUGUGAGGGAUGCGUUUUGUAGGUACACCAGAAGAGGCACUCAGAUGAAUGCUGAUCAACUUCUUCGAUAUCUGGUGGAGGUACAAGGAGAGGAAGGAUGCACCAUUAAAGAUGCAGAGCAAAUCAUACAGCAAGUUGCUAGUCGGCGACACCAUCUCAUCAGGCGCCUUAACCAUUCGCUUGAACUCGAUGAUUUCCUUUAUUUUCUCUUCCAGGAUGAUCUCAAUGGACCCAUCAAAUCUCAGGUACACCAUGACAUGACUGCUCCAUUGCAACAUUAUUUCAUCUAUACAGGUCACAAUUCCUAUCUAACUGGAAACCAACUGAGCAGCGACUGUAGUGAAAUCCCUAUCGUUAAGGCUCUAGAAAGAGGUGUCCGGGGAAUAGAACUGGACUUAUGGCCAAGCUCAGGGAAAGAUAAUAUUCAUGUUCUUCAUGGAAGGACCCUGACCACACCGGUGCCACUUCUCAAAUGCUUAAAGGCCAUUAGAGACCACGCUUUUGUUAAGUCGCCUUAUCCUGUCAUAAUCACGUUGGAAGACCACUUGACACCAGAUCUUCAAGCUAAAGUUGCAGAGAUGGUUAUCCAAAUCUUCGGAGAAAUGCUAUAUUAUCCUCAAUCCGAAUGCUUAGAGGAAUUUCCUUCACCUGAACGACUUAAGAAUAGGAUUAUUCUCUCUACAAAGCCGCCCAAAGAGUACCUUGAGUCAAAGCAUCAGAGAGACACAUCUCCAGCGGGAAAAGAUUCAUUUAGAGAGGACAUUUUGAAGAAGGAGAAAUGCGAAAUUGGUGCCGAGGAUCAUGACACUGAUGAACGGAGUGACAGCGAUCAAGAUGAUGAAGAAGGUGACACCUCCAAUGAUCAGCAAUCAUCCCAAACUGGAGCACCUAAGUACAAGAGUCUGAUAGCAGUUCACGCUGGGAAGGCAAAACACGGUUUGAAGCGUGCACUAAGAGAGGGAAGUAAUAAAGUCAAUCGACUAAGUUUGAGUGAACAAGAACUUGAAAGAGCUGCAGAAAAUUAUGGAACUGAUUUGAUUAGGUUCACACAAAAGAAUAUUCUAAGGGUUUACCCUAAGGGAACUAGAGUAACCUCCUCAAAUUUCAAGCCUAUGACUGGCUGGAUGCAUGGAGCUCAGAUGGUAGCAUUUAACAUGCAGGGAUAUGGGAAAUCUCUUUGGAUGAUGCACGGGAUGUUUAGGUCUAAUGGAAGCUGCGGUUAUGUGAAAAAACCUCGUUUUCUCAUGGAUAAAGGCCCACACAAUGAGGUAUUUGAUCCUAAAGCAAAAUUGCCAGUGAAGACGACUUUACAGGUCAGAGUAUAUAUGGGAGAUGGAUGGCGCUUGGAUUUCAGCCAUACACACUUCGAUACCUAUUCGCCACCAGACUUCUACACCAAGCUAUAUAUAGUUGGAGUACCUGCAGAUGUUCGUAAGAAAAAGACAAGGAUACUGGAGGAUGACUGGUGCCCGAUAUGGGAUGAAGAGUUUCAUUUCCCAUUGACAGUGCCAGAGCUGGCUUUGCUUAGAAUAGAAGUGCGAGAAUAUGACAUAUCGGAGAAGGAUGAUUUUGGUGGACAGACAUGUUUGCCUGUCUCAGAGUUAAGAACAGGGAUCCGAUCAGUCCCUCUCUAUGAUAAGAAGGGUCAAAAGAUGAAAUCCGUCAGGCUUCUCAUGCGAUUUCAAUUUGUGUGAACUGCAAAAGAAAAAAAAUAUUUUUUUCGUAGUAGGAAUAUUCUCUUGUACACACAUGUUUACAUCCUCGUGUAAUUCGCGCAUGGAGUAAUAUUGUUCGCGGUAUUAUAAGGAAGAGAAACAAAACUUCAGGAUGAAGUUAUGACAUUUGUUUGUACAAAUAACAGCUUUACUUCAAAAAGCAAUCAAAUCUUUUCUUGAUUA